GCCUUGGGGUUUCUCCGUUGGGGCUGAGCGCGGAUCCAUACAGGAGCCCGUUGGAGGAAGCAGGGAUUGCUCACAGCAACCGGAGGCCUCCACCUGCACAUUCAGACCCCAAACCUGUACGCACGAACAGCUAAGCUUUCUAGCGGAGCUUGGAUUUUUACAAAGGCUAAAAUUGUUCAGAACAUCCGUCUGGCAAUCCAAUUACUGUUUUCCACUCGGUCAUUUGAGACGAGCGAUGUGAAGAAUUCUUCAACAGCUCACUGUGGCUUUUAUGGUCUUACAAAUUAAGAAACUUUGGAGCUACAGAAAUGGUUGGUCCGAGCUGCAAAUGGGAAUUUAAUGUCACUCUGAAAUACAUCUGGGGAUAAUUGUAUUUGGCUGGAACCAAAUUUUAUGAAGUCUCCAAGGAUGAGAGUCUGUGCCAAGUCAGUGCUGCUGUCACAUUGGGUCUUCCUGGCCUACAUGUUAAUGGUGUGCUGUAAGCUGAUGUCCGCCUCAAGCCAGCAUCUCUGGGGACAUGCAGGCCAUCACCACAUCAAGCAAGGCACCUGUGAGGUGGUCGCAGUGCACCGAUGCUGCAAUACGAAUCGGAUUGAAGAGCGCUCACAGACAGUCAAGUGCUCGUGCUUCCCGGGUCAGGUCGCAGGCACAACUCGAGCUCAGCCUUCCUGCGUUGAAGCUUCUAUUGUGAUUCAGAAAUGGUGGUGUCACAUGAACCCAUGCUUGGAAGGAGAGGAUUGCAAAGUACUGCCCGAUUACUCAGGUUGGUCCUGUAGCAGUGGGAAUAAAGUCAAAACCACGAAGGUAACUCGGUAGCAGAGACAGAGCUGUGCGUUCAUCCAGGAGGAGAGGGGCAUUUGAAUGCAGAGCUCUCUCGUAUGGAUCACCAUCCUCGGUGGAAGAGUGUUCUGGAUUUCAGCAAAUCCAAAUCUGUGACUGAGUACAGUGAGGACUGGCAUUCACCUAACUGUCCCUCCCUGCCCUGCUUUAUGAUUUCAUUAUACUGAGAUGUAACCACUGGCUGCCGCAAAACUGUCAUCUGAUCUGGAUUUGAAAGGAACUCACCUCUGAGAUAUCCAGGGAGAACAAAUCUGAGACAUCAAAAUAGACGACCUGUAAGAGAACACAUGGUCUUCAGCUUCUCUCACUCUUUACAAAGCAUCAUGGACAUAUGUUUCAAAGGGUCUUCAUUUUAUUUAUCUUCUGAAUUUUUCCUUUAAAUGUUGUAUUAAAGUGGUUUGAAGGGUACCCAAAUAACAAGAUUUUGGCAAAAAUGUUUAUAGGUGUAGAUGAAUGAACUCCCACCUGAUUGGUGAAGAACAUCUAUUUUAUAAAUCUGGAACAGAUGGGGUUAUCGUGCAUGCAUUUAUAUUUUUACUUUUGAUAACUUACUUUUGAUAAUUUAAAAUGUUUGCCUUUUAGACUUCAUUGCUAGGUUAGCAGAAAUAAAAAGGGAGCUUUUUAACCUCACUUCCCAUUUAACUGAGUUCUAAAAAUGCAUAUCAAUUCUAAAAUUUUGUAACCAAAGCUCAGUCAUGACAUAUUCACAUAGAAAAAUAAAACUUUGGGGGAAUUUUUAUGGCUUAUGUGUGUUACGCAGCAAGGUCAUUUUAAAUAGGAAGUAGUCUCUGUUUAGGGUAAGGGCGAUUUCUUAGAUCCAGUUUAUGCCAACUAUAUGGAAAUAUUUUGUUAACCUAUAGACAUGAGUCUUUAAAUGCAGAAUUUUUAGCCUAUAAAUGACUUAAGUCAAUUUUUUCCCUAUUUAUUUCUUUAAAUGUAAGUAGAAGCCGAGUCAUUUUGUUUCUUGUUUCAGUGGCUGCAGCAGACACAUCUCUGUUUAUUCUCAGAUGUUCUCGUGUGAAGCAGAUGAGGGAUUGGCCCAGAUUUUAAAAGCAUAAUGUUAUUAAUGUACAUGGUACUAUAAUAUCAGAUGGGUUUUGUAUAUUAAUAAACGUAGAAGACUUUCAGCACUAAUUAUCCCUGUCCUGCCACAAUUGGGGGGUAGUGUUAUUUACAGUGGCAAAAAUCACUUGAUUUCAUUCUUGCAAAAGAAAUAGAAAUGGAUGAUGUCCGUUUGCUAAAUUCUGUUUGUAUUUGGCUGGAUACCCUACCAGAAUUGUUAUUUCCACAUUAAUAGUAAAAACUUCAUUUUGCUGAU